AUGGAGAGACAUACGUCCGGUGUCCUGGAGGAGGAAGAAGAGACUCGAAGAAGUCUUCCCCCGCCUGCAAUUCGCCGAUCGACAGUAGCCGACAACCCCCCCCCCCCCCUUCCCCCGGAGACUAAAGACACUGUAAGACCGCGAGAAACUGCACGGAGUACAUCCACAACCGGGAGAGACCGCGAGGGGCUAAGAGAACAUAUGAAGGAGAGGGGCCUCUGCAGAAAGUCUUUCGCAGGAUUUGGUGAACAAUCGCCUGCAGAAACACAUCUAUUGGGGUUGGAUCCCUUGGGAUCCCUGGCCACGGUCUCGUUCAUCGACGCCAAUUUUGAGUUUUGCGCUGGUCCAUCGUCUCAUUUUCGGUUUGAGGGCCCCGCCGCGAGACGAGGAGGAGGGUGGGGGGGGGGGAGGCGGAGAGGAGACAAGACAUUGAAAUGGGCUAGUUUGCCGCCUGUGGGAUCGCUCUCCUGGAGACGCGCUGCAGGAAUCCACCGAAGAGCCGUGGUGAUUGGCGCCAAGCGAGGGGAAGAGGGCGCUGGGGCCCGGCCAUGUUGUGCAGACCGCGUCUGGGCGAUGACACCUUCACCAGCGCAACAACAGAACAGCGGAACAGUUGGCGAAAGGCCCUAG